GAGCAACGUGCGGCAAUAUAAAAGCAGCAGGUUAUUAACUUUUGCUAUUGGAUAAAAAACAUGGAUUUUAAUAAUAUUUUUGUUACUUCAAUCUUUUACAACCAUUCAACAAUAUGUGUUUUAAUAAUUGUCAUGGUUAUCUCACUGUUGACUUGUGUAUUUCCGAUCUAUUACACAGUAUAUCACAAAAUUAAGAAUAACGCAGAACAAACAGAACAAUUCUCAAUUAUUAAUACCCUACACAAAACGGUCACCAGAUCUUUCAAGCUUAUAAUAAUUUUCCUUUUACUAGUCCCAAUAAUUUAUGCACUUAACGUGCUAAAUAUCUUGGCUCUACUAGUUAUAGUCCCUAUCACUCUGGCUGUAAUAAUUUCUGCUCUUUUAUUGUGUAUCAGUGAAACUCAUCAAAUUAUGUUGGGAUUGCUUGGAGUAUAUUCAAUUUGCCCUCCACGUAUUAUUACAACAUAUUUUGAAAACAAAAAAAUAUUUUUGAGAUGGGUGAUUUAUUUUUUAUCCAUAUCAUUUCUAUCAAAAAUUGGAGCAGCUAUAAUUUAUAGAUCAUAUGACUGUGAAAAAGCUUUGAAGAUUUUUUUGGUAUGUUGAAAUUAUUAUUAUCUGCAAACUUCUAAAAAAAGUUUAGUAUGCUUACAUCGGACUUUACAUCUUCCUAAGUUCUUCUGUGCUUCUCAACAUUCCAAAUUUCAUAAGAUUAUUGAAAACUACAGCUCCAGUAACCUAUCUAGCAAAAUAUGCAAGCAGCCAAUUAAUUUUUAUUUUAUUGACAAAAACCGUGUACAUAUUCACAAUUUACAAAUAUGAUUUUGUGUUUGAAUACUUCAUUAUAUGUCAAUCUGCCGAAAUUAUCUCCACGUUAUUGAUAAUCCAGAUAACUUACCUCGUUUGUAACAAAGAAAUGACGAAGAGAGCAUUGAAGUCUGUUUGUGAAAGCAAGUCACGUGAGAUGAGUGCAAAUUUUGAUCAGAAAAGAACUACACAGCCGGAUAUAUAUAUUCAAUAA